AUGCCAAUUUCUGACAGCGUAGUUCUUCGAAGACAAAUCGGAUUUUUCAAAAGACAACUGCAACGAUACUGUUCAGCCGCUGCUGAUAUCUUCAAAGAAUACCGAGUCGAACCAUCUAAACCUACUCUCAGCCAUUUGACCAAUGAAGAUUUGGAUUCUUUCCGCUUUGAACUCGUAUCUACGAAAGCAAACUUAUUGAAGGCUUACAAUAAAACUGUAAAACUCCAUGAUGACUGGACAACACUUCAAGACUCCAACCCACUUGAGCAAAAGGUCUUUGAAGACUACAUUACGAAAUAUGGAGACUAUCGUACAGAUAUCGCUCUCGCUGUCAACAACCUCGAACAGUUUGAUGCUGUCUUGAAUGUUCUUGACGCUGAAUACGUAAAACGAGAACUGCAUCCACCUUCCGAAUCUGAUGGGACACUCGCGGAUAACGAUGACGAUUCCGGUGACAACCUCAGACGUCAAAACCGACGCGUUACUCGAGCAACAGUUUCCGCACCAGAUGCAUCUCUGCUCAAUUUUGUAGAUGCUUCAAUACUUACAAAAUUGGAUCUGCCAACCUUCGAUGGCAACUUACUGGAUUACCCCGAAUUCAGUGCUCGUUUUGCAACCCUCGUCGCCAAUAAAACUCAACUUGACGACACCACGAAAUUCUCACUUUUGAAGUCAUGUCUACGCGGAAGAGCGUUACAAUCCAUCCAAGGACUUUCCAUGACCGCCGAAAACUAUCACAUCGCCAUGGACAUACUGAAGACACUUUACGAUGACAAGGUAACCGUCCGGCAUAUACUUUUCACCAAACUGGCGCAAUUACCACCUUGCGAUCCUGAGGGACGCCAUCUACCCAACCUAUACAAUCAAAUGUUUUCCCUCGUCCGGCAGUUUGCAAAUAAUCACGAUGACUCCUCUGAGACUGCCCUUGGGGCACUACUUCUCAAUAAACUUCCUCUGCGAGUGAGAAGUCUGGUCUAUGACCGCACUUCAAAUGACCACAAUGUCUCCCCUUCGGAAUUGCUCCACCUACUGACGGACAUUGUUCGAAAGGACUCUACAUUGUUUGAAAUGGAGUAUCACGCACGUCCUCCUGCCCAUCAAAGAAAUCCAGCUCAAGGAUUCCAUGUAGCGCUCAGCAAAGCGCCUCGGCCACGCAAGGUACCAAACGAACGGAAAAAACACCGUAAGUGCCCAUUUUGUGACUCUACCGCUCAUUUAGCAAUAGAAUGCGACGCCUUCCCCACAAUGAAAGAGCGUAUCGAUCAAGUGAAACGCCGGAAACUUUGUUUCAAUUGUCUUUCGACUUCUCACAAUACAAAGGAUUGCACGUCUAAAUACCGCUGCAUGUUUUGCUCAAGAAAACACCAUUCUUCAUUGUGUUUUCGAUCGAAUCGCUUUCACACGGCUUCUACAUCGCCUGGUCUCAAUAAUCACACUCCCACACAAUCACCGCGCCGCCAAAAUGUGAUAUCUUCUUCAAAUCAAUCAUCAAGACUGCAGAAUCACAUCGUGCAUUUAGAAGAGCCCAAAAAGGAGAUGAUUACUUCUUCUACGAAUCCGACUGAACAACUAAUUGACACACAAAUCGAUGUUCCUACUAUACCAGCUCCUGUUACUUGCUCAACCAACAAUGUAACAAACCUAACGACUCAGACAGCACUAAUGUGCACAACUGUAACGCUCUUCAAUCCAAAUGAUCGCUCGCAUCAAACCACUGUAACAGCCUUCUUGGACAGUGGCUCCAACAAGUCAUAUAUCACUGACGAGGUUGCUAAUAUGCUCCAUUUGCCUACUACAGGAACCGAACAUAUCAGCCUUUCCACUUUUGGAAAAGUCGAAUCACUGGAACUGGAGUGCCGAAACCACGUAAUCGGCUUGUACACUGAAAAGGGAGUGAAACACCUGCAGGUUAAAUCUAUACCGUUACUUACUGGAAACCUUCAGCGCAUUCAUAUCCCGGAAGGAUCAACUGAUAAUAUUACCCUUUCUGUCUGCAAACCAUCCAUUCUCAUUGGAAAUGACUAUUUCUGGGACAUUAUAUUGUCAGAAGACUUCCAUUACAGAACUCUUUCGAAGAGUUAUCGAAUUUUGCAUACAGCUAUCGGAGAUAUGAUUGUAGGCAAAGCCUUCAAAGCAAAAAACUAUAUCGCAUGUACUGCCGUCAACUCCACCACUGGGAUAGACGAUGCAUCAAGUCCUCCAAAUCACAAGGAGCUUGUUGAAUUGGUCAACAACUUUUGGAGACUUGAAACAGUCGGGAUAUUAGACGACCCUUCUCAGCUGGAUGAUGAACAGUGUCUCAAACACUUCAGUGAUACCAUCUACUAUGAUGAAUUGCAGAGAAGAAAUAUCAUGAAAUUUUCGAAGACCAACUCAAGAGGCAAAUCAUCGAGCGAGUACCAACCAACGAUGUUACGAGUUCUUGCCAUUAUUUAUCACACCAUGGAGUUGUCAAGAAAGAAGGUGAAAACAUAA